CGGAGGCGGAAACCGGGGCCGGUCUCCAGCAGGUCCCGGUCGCCUCUGAGCCGUCGUUCCCGGCUGCCAUUUUAAGGUGAACAAAGAGGCGGAGGCACGGGCAGCCCAAGCUGCUGACGGAGGAGGAGCCCUCGGGGUUGGCACCUGCCUCGGGUCCUGCCCACCCGUGCCAGACCCCAGGACCACCACCACCAUGUUCAGCAAGAAGUCCUACGACGGCCCCCCCACGGGCUACGGCCCCCCCACGGGCUACGGCUCCCCCACAGGCUACGGCUCCCCCUCCGGCUACGGGCCCCCCCCGGGCGGCUACGGCUACGGCUACGACUCCGGCGCCCGCUCUCCGCCGCCCGGCUCCUACUACCUGGAGGACGUUCCUCAGCACUUCUACAAGUGGACCUCCCCCCCCGGCGUGGUGAGGCUGCUGCAGGCAGCGGUCAUCCUCCUCUGCGUCGCCAUCUUCGCCUGCGUGGCCUCCACCCUGGCCUGGGAGUACGGCUACGGCUUGGGCGGCCUCUACGGCGGCGGCCUGGGGGGGUUCUACGGCUCCAAUUACUACGGGGGGGGCCUGGGCUACGGCUCUGCCUACGGGGGGUACUACGGGGCGGGGGUGACCAACCCGCGGGCGGCCAACGGCUUCAUGAUGGCCAUGGCGGUGCUGUGCUUCCUGAGCCAGCUGGGGCUCUUCGUGGCCAGCGUCAGCAAGUCGCGGAGCUGCCGGUCCCGCCGCUUCUACCUGCUGGUGCUGGUGGCCUGCGCCCUGCUGGCCUUCCUCAUGCUCGUGGCCUCCAUCGUCUACGUGGUGGGGGUCAACCCCCAGGCGCAGAUGGGGGGCAGCUACUACUACAACCCCCUGCUGACCAUGUGCAACCAGAUCUACACCACCGGCUUCACCAACCAGUACCUCUACCACUACUGCACCGUCGACCCCCAGGAGGCUGUGGCCAUCGUCUGUGGGUUCCUCAUCGUCAUCCUCCUCUGCCUCAUCUGCUUCUUCGCUCAGCAGACACGGAGCAAGAUCUGGAGGUAUGGGAAGCCAAACAUCUACUGGGACAAGAUGCCAGUGGUGCAGGAGGGUCCCAACGUGGAGGAGUGGGUGAAGAACGUGGCGGACGGGGCCAGCAUGCAGGACGAGACAGCCACCUUGGCCUACUCAGAGAAGCCAACUGCCCCCCCAUACAGCCCCCCCUCCUACAGCUACCCCCCCCCGAACGGAUACUACCCCUCAGGGACCUACAGCAGCAGGGGUGAGCAGCCAGACCAAGCAGUCAGCCCUAGCCCAGCAGAGGAGAAGCCAAGGGAGCAGCCCAGCAAAGCCCCCACCCGCCGCGGGCGCCGGCGCCGGCGCAACCCUGAGCUGGAUGAGUCCCAGUAUGAGACUGACUACACCACAGCAGUGGAGUCCAGCGAUGAGAGAGACCAGGAGCAGUGGGCCAGCCUGUACCCGCCGGUCAGCUCGGACGGCGCCCGCCAGCAGUACAAGCAGGAGUUCGACAGCGACCUGAAGCGCUACAAGCAGCUGUGCGCCGAGAUGGACAGAGUCAACGACCGGCUCAACCAGCUCAGCAGGCAGCUGGACAGCAUCUCUGAGGACAGCCCCCAGUACCAGGAGGUGGCAGAGGAGUACAACAGGCUGAAGGACCUCAAGCGGAGCCCUGACUACCAGACCAAGAAGCAGGAGACCAAAACCCUCCGCAACAAACUCUUCCACAUCAAGAGGAUGGUGAACGACUACGACAAGAUGAGAGGGUAGCCUGUGGCCCCCUCCCCACAACCUCCACCACAAGGGGGUCCCUGCCCCACCCCCAACACCCCCUUUUCAAGGACUUUGGUGCAUUUGGCACCUUUGUUUGUAUACACAAAGCCCCAAGCCUCCCC